AUGGAACUGCAGGAGAUGUUUCGUUACGGAUACAUGUUCCCGCCUAGGGAGGAGGAGGUGGUCUCCUGCGGCUACCUGGACCUGCCGAGCUACACGUCGUACCCGAAGGGCAAGGCGAACCUGCCGCCGGUGAGCACGUUCACGGUGCCGCAGUGCAUCGUCUACGACAGCAACGGCAGCGACGGCUGGCACACGCCUAGCCCGACGGCCAGCCUCCGGUCGGUCAGCCCGGCGACAACCCUUUCGAUAUCCUCGGAGCCCGACACCGUCGCCGCACCGGUCACCUAUCGGCUCCUAGGCUCUGUGGACGAGCUCGGCAAACGUUACGCGAAGAGGAGCCACGCCGCCGUCGGGUCCCAGCAACCGGCCCAAACCGGCGGCAUCGAGCUGGCCGAAGGCGGCAACAGCAUGGACGCGGACACCGACGGCACCCUCGACCCCGAGGCCGACCCCGAUCUAGACAAGGCGCAGUCGCGGCGCGACAGCGUCGUCAGCAACUCCAGCAGCGACAGGAUCGUCGACGCCGACAGCGAGGACGACGUCGAGAUGAGCGACGGGCCCGAUCACGUCCGUUCGGACGAGAACGACGGCGGCCGGGACGUCGUCAGGAGGCGCGGCAAGUACGUCAGCUCCACCGUGGUCAGGAAACGCAGGCUGGCCGCAAACGCGAGGGAACGCAGGCGGAUGCAGAACCUGAACAAGGCGUUCGACAGGCUCAGGGCGUAUCUGCCGUCCUUGGGGAACGACAGACAGCUAUCCAAGUACGAGACGCUUCAAAUGGCCCAGUCUUAUAUCACCGCGCUCUACGAUCUCCUGCAAUGA